CUGCAAAUUACAAAAUGGAUCAAGAGGAUGAUUCGUUUACCUCCUUCUUUACGGAGUUACAAUUUGCUGAGACCGGACCAACGGACAACUGCAAUGAUCAAAUACUCCUCGAUAAGUUACGCGCACAGACUGAGGCCCUUGAUCAAAUUCUGCUUGAGAGAGUGAAGAAAGAGAAUAAGGUGAAACAACAAAGUAAAGUCAUCCACCAACAGAUACGGCAGGAGCUGAUGCAAAUUGUGGGGAGGCUCACGGAAUCCACUAAAAAUCAACGAAGUGGCAAACGGCGAAAAUCUUACUUCAGAUCGUCCAUCUCUUCUCCUAAUAUUCUACCCAACCUAAACAUCUUUUCGGACAAGAGCAAUGCUCUCGUAUCGGUUCCAGUUUGUGACAACGCAAUGGUGCCGUCUUACAAACAGAAUGACUUGUCUCAUGAGAUAUUGAGGAACAUCACAUGUUUUCUUGACCUGGAUCGUACAGUCUUCACUCAAGCGGAUGACAACUCCACUCUGUUGGAGGACGAGCAACAAACAAUGACCGACGAAGAAUUCGAUACUACUGCGACAGAAAGAAGUCAGGUUCCUCACUUAUACCCAGAGGCAAAGGAUACGUCGGACGACGUGAGUCCAUUGUCAAAAGAAGAUGAAGAAAAGCUAGAACAGCUUCUUAAUGAUACAACAUAUCAAGAUCAGAACGAAAACCACAUGUGGUGGCAAGGACAAGAAGUUCACGAUGGAGAGCCACCUUCUGGUGCAGAUCACUUCGUGAAGGACACACCAAAUGAGAUUGAAGACAACCAGAUUUCAAUAAUAACACGGGAUGAAUUGGCUUUGUGGCCUUCCUCAAAAGCUGGUCAAUUAUCUUUGAUAGGGAACGAUCCAGAAAUUGAGAAAAUCCAGGAACGUCUGAAAGAGAUUGAUCAACAACUGCGGGUGUUCGUCAUGGAAAAGGAGGAAGAAAACAUUUCACUCCCACACAUAUCUUCCACAAAUGUAGGCAAUUCUGUCCAAGAAGUAGAUGAGGAGAGAAAAACCAUACUCCAUUCAGACGAAGUGCUUUUCUACGAGAUGGAAGGCACCGAGAAAGAAUUGGUACGUUUGCGAGAAAUUGACCAGAAGUUGCAAUCAGUGAGAGAAACGGAUUGUGAACAGGUAAGACUGACCUAGGGCUUCCCCCCCCCGGUCUGCUGCCAUGCUGCACAAGAAAACUGGAGCUUUCCUGGUUGUUCGACCAACAGAAGUACAGAAAUACAGAUUAACAGAAAUGCUUAUCAACGGCUUUCAGCGUGGCAAUUCUAGCCAUUGUUUGUACGCAGCUCUUUCAUACACAUUUUGAUAGAAAUGUUAAGAUCCG